GUUAAAGCGAAGUCCUCGGUGACAUGGGUAACGAGAACAGCCUGGAAACCGGUGAGCUGGGCUCGUUAUCUGCAUCGGAAGGCGGUGCCGCGCAACCGCUGAAAACACCCGCGGCCCCCAACGGAGCCCCCGGAGGGCGAGCGACGGCAGGCAGCAGCAGUGCAAGACCACGUCAGCUUGGUCAGCUUGAUGGGAAAAUUGAAACCCUCCAGCAGAGUAUUCCCAACAAUGAAAGUGCUCGAAGAAUGCAAAAUCAAGGUCUUUCUACACAAUCUCUACUACAACAAGAACAGAUAAGGACUCUUCAGGUUGACCCAAAUAUGAAAAGAACAGAAAGAUCCCAUUCUGCAUCCCCAGAUAGAGGAAGUGCUCCAACCUCCCCUUAUUCAGUACCACAGAUAGCUCCACUGCCUAGCAGUACUCUGUGUCCAGUAUGUGCAACUACAGAGCUGAACUCUUCUCCAAAUCAGCCAAACUUCAAUACUUGUACUCAGUGUCGAUCAGUAGUAUGCAAACAGUGUGGAUUUAACCCGAAUCCUGACAUUACAGAGGUAGAAGAAUGGUUGUGCUUAAACUGUCAGAUGCAAAGAGCGUUGGGAAUGGACAUGACCACUGCACCUCGUUCCAAAAGUCAUCAGCAAUUACACUCUCCAUCACACCAGCCCCAAACAGAACCACAAGCAAAUGUGCAGAGGCAUUCUCAGUCAGAUCAUGGACUCCAAAAAGGAAAGACCACUCCGGUUAAAAGAGAACUCCCUAAAACCCCAUCUGCUGUGCAAACCAGACCUGAAACCAAGAUGCAACCCAGUCAGAGUGAAAAGCAAGGGUCAACAACUGAUCAAUCUCAACCACACCUUCAUGGCCAACCAAAGCCUGUUGGCCCAUCAGAGUCAACCAGGCCUAUGGGUCAGAGUCAGCAAACGAAGCCUUCACCUGCAGAACAAAGGAGAGCAGCAGAUAGUUCACCAGCAAGAACACAAGCUGGUCCAACCAGUAUAUCCCAGGAGCAGGAGGGCAUUACUGGUAAACUGUUUGGGUUUGGAACUUCCCUUUUAAACCAGGCUACAAACCUUAUAUCCACACAGCCAGAACAGACUCCACCAGGCCAGCAAUCACCUGCAAAAGGGUCUGCUGCUAAACAGGCUCCAAAAAUAGUUUUCAGUGAUCAAAGCACCGAAAUGAGUUCAAAGUUACAGGGUUCGAUACCAGGGAUGCAAAUGAAAACUAGGAAUGCUUCUUCAGUUAAACAAGUAAAACCAGAGCCAGUUGCUCAACAGAAAGAAGCCAUCAAGCCCAAAGCAUUGUGCCCAUUAUGUAAAACAGAACUGAAUGUGGGAUCGAAUCAGCCUCCCAACUUCAACAAUUGUACUGAAUGCAAAGUCCAAGUGUGCAACAUGUGUGGCUUUAAUCCAACUCCACAUCUAGUAGAGAAGAAAGAAUGGCUCUGCCUGAACUGUCAGACUCUGCGGCUAAUGUCUGGAAAUUUAGCAGAUGCAUCCCUUCCUGUCCCACCAUCUGCACCAAAACAGCAAUCAACAGUAUCACCUCAUCAUCAAGGACAAAUGGGUGUUAAUAUGCAACAAAAGAAAGGGGCUGAUCAACAGCAGCAAGUUGGUCCUGUGCAACCACAAAUGGCUCCUUCAGCGCCAGUUCAACAGUUCCCUCCACAGCAGGGAAAGCCAUCUCAGAAAUUAGCGGGACAAUCCUCACCAGCAAAGCAACAAGGUCCACUGGUCACAGAUAAACCACAAACUCAGCAAAUGCAUCCUGGUCACACCGGGUCCCAGCAGCUUUCCCAGAUUUCAGAUCCAAGCAGGUCACAGUCAACAAAGGAGAAGCCAAAAGCGAUAACGCAGAGCAGCACAGUGUCUGUGCCAACAAAAGUGAUCACCACAGACAAAACAGUGGACCCUUCAAAGGAAAUUUCCCAAGCAGCUGAUCUACAGAAAACAAAAAUGCAAGAGGAAAUAAACAAGAAUUUUCCUCCGGAACUGUCUCGCAGCCCACAAAGUUUAAGUGAUACAGGCUACUCAUCUGAUGGCAUAUCAAGCUCACAGAGUGAGAUCACAACUUUAUUGCACCAGGAAGGGCAAAAACUUAAUGAAUCUGGUCUUACACAACAAAGUCCAAUGAGCCCUUCAGAAUUUACCAAGUUGGAGAGCACUGUAAGGCCAUUGCUCGAAUCCCAAGAAUCUCAAGAUCGGAAUAAAGGAGAACGGACUGUUCAUGAUUCAUCUGAAAAGCAAAUACAGCAAGACAGGCUACAGUCACUUCCGAUUACACCAGAGUGUUACGCCUCAGAUGAAGAGCUUGAAGAUAUACAAGAGGAAGAUGAAGAUAUUUUAGAAUGGGACAAUGAAGGGGAGCGAAGAGAAAGUCUGGAAUCACUCGAUGAGUUUGGCAGGAAGCUGCGGCAUGACUACACUGAGGGCGGGAGUGAAAGUGCAGUACCACCUCCUCAAACUGAUUCUGCAAAUGCUGGUGCAGAAUUAACAGAUGAGGAGUUUAUGCGAAGACAACUUUUGGAAAUGAGUGCAGAAGAAGACAACGUAUCUGUGGAAGAUGAGAACAUGGGCAGUCAUACUGAACAUAUUAGUAUGAAGAAGAGUCAAAACCUUACAACAGAAUCUAGCAAAAGAAGCCUUUCAAAGCAACAACAGAAUCUUAAUAUAAGCAGCAAUUAUGAACGUACUACGCUGGAACAUUAUGGGCAGGAAGAGAAUCAGUCAUGGCAAGAACAGAAGGAACCUGGUGAUACCUAUGCAGAAUCUAUAAAUCAUGUAGAAGACUCAGUGGGGGAGCCAGCUGGGCUACGGCGUUUUAAGACUAUUGAUUUGAACACUACAAAUACUUACACAAAUAGAAGUAUUGAAGUUUGCAGUGAAGCAGAUCUUAACAUUGACAGAGAACCUGAACUUGAGAUGGAAAGUUUAACAGGAUCACCAGAUGAAAAAUCUAAGGGUGAACACUCAUCUACCUUGCCAGCCUCAACACCUACUUUGUCAUCGGGCACUUCCCCUACUUCUGUCUCCUCACUAGAGGAAGAUAGCGACAGUAGCCCCAGUCGAAGGCAUAGACUUGAGGAAGUAAAACAGCAGCGAAAGGCAAGACAUCGCUCGCAUGGUCCUCUGUUGCCAACUAUUGAAGACUCUUCCGAGGAAGAGGAGCUACGGGAAGAAGAAGAGCUUCUCCGAGAACAGGAGAAAAUGCGCGAAGUUGAACAACACCGUAUCCGAAGCACAGCAAGAAAAGCAAAGAGGGACAAAGAAGAAUUGAGGGCACAGAGAAGACGAGAAAGAUCCAAAACACCACCAAGUAACCUUUCUCCCAUUGAGGAUGCUUCUCCAACGGAGGAGUUACGUCAAGCAGCAGAAAUGGAAGAACUCCAUCGUUCAUCCUGCUCCGAGUAUUCACCAACUAUGGAUUCUGAAGCUGAAGGUUUUGAAAUAACAACCUGCAGACUGUACAAGUCAGGUAGUGAGUACAACCUCCCCUCAUUUAUGUCCUUGUAUUCCCCAACGGAAAAAUCAUCUAACUCUUCAGCAAAUCAGAAACCACUGAAGAGUGCAGAAGAAGCGUAUGAGGAAAUGAUGAGAAAGGCUGAAAUGCUAAAGUCACAGCAACCGACGCAGGAUACAUCUUAUAGCAGUGCUUACCAGUCAGAUGACUACAUGGAGAAUAAUCACAAAUACCAAGCUUCAGAUGAAUACAAUUAUUCAAACAAUGAGAUGACAUUGUCACAGUCAACCUUACAGAGUGAGCUGCAGAAACCAGAAGUCUAUGAGGACACAUCAAAGACUGCUGGACCCCCUCCCAAAUUGUCCCAUUCACCAUCACUUGACCUCCGAUUGCAGCAACAAAAUAUCCAAUUACAAAAUCUCGAGCGGACUUUCCAGGAGAAAAAGCUUCUUGAUGCACAAAGUGCUUAUAUGGAACUAGCAAGGCAAACAGAUGCACUUCUUACACCCGGAACAAGUCCCACUCAGUCAGCUGCACCAAUUUCUUUCAUUUCAUCCAACAGUAAUAGAGGCAUCCCUGAUGUUCGGGUAACCCGGUAUUUCACCAGAGACAUGCAGGAGCAAAGCCACACUGCAAAGCCCAUGGGAGCAAAUGGUAAUAAUUCACAAAUAGCUACAGCUUCUUACACAACAUACAACAAAAGAUCAGCUGUGACGGUGGCCACUGCAAUUGUGGGUCUGUCCUCUACUUGUGCAGGGCCUAUAGAUCGAACUGCAGUAUACACACAAGGAAGACCAUCAGAUUCUGGGAUGGCAGUACCUUACAACGCUCAAGGUUAUAAUACUCCUGAGAGUAAGAAAUUCGGUGAAUCAUACGGGUUAUCAAGCAUUAAUGGGACAUCCACACAAACAGCUGAAGGACCCAUUUCCCCAUCUUCUGUACAGAGAUCAAUCUCUAGAACCACUAUGCCAGCAAGCCCCACGAUGGGUAGCAAAUCCACUGCAGAAUUUUCAACACAGACUUCAAAUAAUAGAGUUUUAUCCCCUUCCAUGACCAUGGCCUCAUCACCAUCUACAGUAAUGGCACAAGGCACUCAGACUUCAGUAAGAUCACCCCGCCUCACCAGGCAAGUAUCUUCUCCUGACUCUACAUUCAUGGUCAUUACUCUGGCAUCCAAUGUUCCCUCCUCAACCCAACCAUUGACUGUUAAUUCAGCCACUUCACCCAGCACCUCUCCAACACGGUUGAAUCGGCAAUCAACCCUGCAGGGCUGGACACAGCCAAUGAUUGCUUCAUCACAUCAGCAGAUGCAAAUGCAGUCCAUGUACAGUAAGACUUCUUCACAAGCUGAUAGAAUAUCUAUGAUUCAGCCAAUGCAGAGAGGGCAAAUUACUUCAUCUAUUAUCACAGCUACUGGUAUAGUUGGCCCAGGUUUAGAAGGCACUUCCUUAAGUGAAAUUUCAAGGACAUGUAGCUCUGUAGUAGAUCUCCGAACAGUUACUAAGUCACCCCCCGUCAUAAUAACAGAUCAUGGAAUGGAUUUGACGUCCUUGGCUACAGAAAGUAGGAAAUAUUCCCUUGAGUCUGACCAGCUUCCUAGUCGUCAGUCCACUGCUGUGCAGCCAUUAAUCAUGAAUCUUAAUGUGCAGGAACACCCAUAUGUAGACACAACUAAUACAACGACUGUGGGUAUAACAAUCACAUCAUCCAUGGUAAUUUCCCAGACAAAGGUGCCGAAGAUAUAUGGCGACCCCUUCCAGAAUCGUAUGGAUCUAGGUCAUGGUACAGCAAAAGCAAUUUGCCUCAUGCAAACAAAACAACUAGAAUCAAUGGGUCAACCCACUUCUGUUACAGAGAGUGAAACCAACAUUGACCUGGCAAUGGUGAUGGCACGAUCAGAUCUAGAUAGCCAAAUGCAACCACAUUUUGCUAGAUACAACUUAGCUAACCAAACAACUCCGGUGCGUAAAGUCGACAUUUUGGUGAAUCAGAGCAACAUGAACAAUGCCAUAAAUAUUAGUGCCAUUCCUAAGACAGUUCCUCAAGACGGUGGUUUUUUUGCCCCACAGGUACAUAAGGAAGCAUCUCUGGAAUUAAAGCCAUCUGCUCCCCCACCAAACUUGCCUGCAAUGAAAGUGCACGAUACAAUGGUGCAACUGGACCACACAGCUGCAGGCACAAUCACAAAGCUGAUGAAAGAUGUUCCAUCAAAUGCAAUUGAUUUGACAGGGCCAAAACCAGAAAGGGCUGUCUGUUGUGACGUGGUUUAUAAAUUUCCUUUUGCUGACAGCUGCACAGGUUCAUUUAAUCACGGCUCCCAAGUCCCAGAUCUAGCAACGUAUGAACCACAGCAGAGUACCAGGAAGACUGCUCAUGAGUACUAUGACAACAGAAUUCAGGAAUCUGUUGAAAGUUACCACUAUAAAGAACCCAUGGCUGCUUACAAGGAUGGUCUUAAUAUGCACGAAGAGCACAAAACAUUUCCUCUGGUAUUUUCUGGGCGGCUGCAUUCAUCUAUGUCGGACUCCAACCUGCUGGAGUCCAGUAUUAAUUACAAUUUCCUGAAGAAUGAGCCUCUUUAUCACCCACCUGGUGGUGAUGCAGCUGUUGAUCUGAGUACAAUGAAACAUUCUUACAGUUUAUCUUUCAAUCAGGGAAGGGACUGGGGACUUGGAAUGCAGUAUGGCUCCUUCACUGAUCUCAGGCAGCAGUCAGAUAUCUUCAGCCAACCCACUCCAAUAAGAAGAUACAGUUCAAUGUCGAAUAUUAACUCAGAUUAUGGAUACUCGAUGCGAGAUGAUCUGUCAAAUUUUCAGGAGGCCAGUUUGGCCCAUUACAGUGCCACAACUGCUCGGGAAAUCAGCAGGAUGUGUGCAGCUCUCAACUCAAUGGAUCAUUAUGGAAACCGGUACACAAACAGUUCAGAUUCUAUGCAGUAUGGUGCAUCUCCUCCAAAUGUGCAAUGUGAUGGAUUCUCAAGAAGCAGUAUAAUGUCAAACCAACAGGGAAUGUCUCCCGUAAAACAAAAUAUGAUGUAUAAUCCAAACUUGUCCAACUCUCGACGCAGGAUUGCAGCUCGUGGCUUUGGCAACAUGCCACAUGCUGUACGUAUGAGAUCUAUAAGGCAGAUGUAUCCGCCAUCCGCAGCUGUGAGAGCACCUGAUGGCAUGAUUUACUCUACAAUCAACACCCCGAUUGCUUCCACGCUUCCUAUUACAACGCAGCCAGCAUCGAUCAUGCGCCCGAUGUUGAGAGGUGUUUAUAGACCCUAUUUGCCUGGUAGUGUCACAGCUGUGCCUUUGGCCAGGUUGACCAGACUUCCCCUAGUUGCACCAAGGAUGCCUGCUACAACUUCUCCUGUGUAUCGAUACCUGCCUCCGAACAGAUUUACAGGGGCUUCUACGAUGUCAGCAGGCGAAACACCGAUCUAUCUGGGAAAGCCUGGUGAUGUUAAAAACGCAGGUGUGAAUGCCAUUCAAAACAUACCAAGUCAAACCAUACAGAGGCCUGAACAGAGUGAUAUUGCUCAGUCAAGUGCUUUAGCCUGCAUGACCCAGAAAUUUAACCCUGAGGCUAAUCAGUCUAAACAACAGCCAGACAUGGGGAUCAUGCAGCAGCAGCAACUCCAGCAACAACAGCAAUUGCAGCAGCAAGUCCAGCAGCAAAUGCAGGUUCAGCAGCCGCAGACGUUGCAACAGCAGCAACAAGUGCAGCAACAAAUGCAGGCGUUGCAACAGCAGCAACAAAUGCAGGUUCAGCAACAGCAGGCGUUGCAACAGCAGCAAGUCCAGCAACAAAUGCAGGUUCAGCAGCCGCAGACAAUGCAACAGCAGCAACAAAUGCAGGUUCAGCAGCCACAGACAUUGCAACAGCAGCAACAAAUGCAGGUUCAGCAGCCGCAGACAAUGCAACAGCAAGUGCAGCAGCAGGUACAGCAGCCAGAGCAGCAACAGAACAUGGAGCAACAGGAACAGCUUGACCAACAGAAAGAGCAACAGCUACAAAAGCAGCUGCAGCAAUUGCUGCUGCAGCAACAGAAGCAGCAAGAAGCUCAGCAGGCCGAUGCUGUGAGGGCUGGCGCCGGGAGACGAAAGCAGGAGGACAGCGAGGAAGAGCAUCAGCGGAAGCAGCAGCAAGAUCACUUCCUGCUGAUCGAGCGGGAGCGGGUGGAGCUGGAAAAGUUGCGGCAUCAGCGUCUGCAGGAAGAGCUGGAGCGCCAGCGGCUGGAGCUGCAGCGCCACCGGGAGAAUGAGCAGAUCAUCGUGCAACGGGAGCUGCAGGAGCUGCAGACCAUCAAGCAGCAGGUUUUGCAUCAGCAGCAGGAGGAGAGGCAGGCGCAGCUCGUUCUGCAGCGAGAGCAGCUGGCUCAGCAGAGGCUGCAGCUGGAGCAGAUUCAGCAGCUGCAGCAACAACUGCACCAGCAGCUGGAAGAGCAAAAAGUCAGAAACACAGUAAACUUCCCUGCAGUUUGUGAUCCAUCGGGUAGAAUCCACCCGCACGCCAUGUCAGAGAUGGGUAUUGAGAUGCAAAAACCUAUGCCGCAAAGUGGACAGUACUGGCCUGUAAACCAGGGAUAUGUGGAAAGUGCCCCCGUUGCCACAACCGGCCAAGAAGCAUAUUUAUCACCGCAUCAUAGAGCGAUGAUGGAACCACCGCAUCGAUCUGCUUCUGAACUUUCCCUUCGAACUGAUGAGCACUUGGAAAAUAGGGGUAUCAGGAAACGAAAUUCCAUGCCAAGGUUGAGGGAUGCUUAUGAGGGAAGCGAUGCAUCAUUGCGCGAUCAGUACGUGGUUAAGAAAAUAGCAGACUGCAGUGUGCAAACUGAUGACGAGGAUGGAGAAGAAAGCUACUACAUGUCUCGUCGGAGGAGAACUAAGCGAAGUGUGGAUUGCAGCGUGCAGACAGACGACGAAGACAAUGGAGAAAUGGAGCAACCUACUCGUAGGCGCCGCUCCCGUUUCUCAAAGCAUUCCGAUUCAAGCACAGAAGGCAAACGGGAAAUGCUAAAGGGAACCUCCAGUAUUGCCAUACAAACAGUCAGUGAUUGCUCUAUCCAAACAGAUCCAAAUGAGCUUGGACCGGUGUCACCUGCCAUCCAUAUCACACCUGAUCCACGAGUAGAAAUUGUAAGGUAUAUAUCUGCUCCUGAGAAGACUCGUAAAGGAGAGAGCCUCGGUUGUCAGACAGAACCAGAAGCACAAUCACAAGGCAUUGUUGGUCCUCACUUUGCAAGUUCUAGCACUAUUAAUCCCUAUUCUACCAACAUACAGAUUGUAACACCAGGUCCACUGGAUCAAACUAGUGCCAGGCAGCAGGGAAUCAUGAUUGUCCCAAAGUUUGAGAAAAAGAAACCAGAUCCUUUGGAGAUAGGGUAUCAAUGUCACCUUCCACCGGAACCUUUGCCUCAAAUGAUUCGCCAGCCUCCUAAGUCUCCACAGGUGCUGUAUUCUCCUGUGUCACCUCUCUCUCCAUAUCGGCUUUUAGAUACAACUUUUACUUCAUGUGAGAAGUUAAAUAAAGCCCAUGUUACUCCACAGAAACAUUUUACCACUGAGUCACCUAAACGACAGCAGGGUCUGCCUCGGCCAAUCAAAGUGAUGCAACGCUCCAUGUCUGACCCAAAGCCUGUCAGCCCAACUUCAGAGGAUUCUGGGAAACUGAAUUUUUUUGCUCACAGUCAACAAAGUCUACAUGGCAGUCAGAUUGGAAAUUUACAGCAGAGCACUAUAAGGAAAGUGAAACGAACACUACCUAGCCCACCACCUGAAGAAAUAAUGCACGGCAAUGUACCAUUUCACCCACAGCUAUUUGGCACCUCACUGCCACGCAAGCGGGGACCGCUUCCUGACCAGAUCACUCGUGAUAAACUCCUGAAGGAUAUCAGUCACGAACUGGAAAAAGUAGAGCAAGAAUCAAACAAACUCCAGAAGAAACAGGCAGAACUUGAUGAAGAAGAGAAAGAAAUUGAUGCAAAGUUACGAUAUAUAGAGCUGGGAAUCAAUCGAAGGAAGGAAACAUUUGUCAAAGAUCCAACCAAACGAGACCUGGGGUACACACGAGGUCUAGGAGAAGACAGGGAUUAUAUGUCUGAUAGUGAAGUUAACAAUGCCAGAAUACCUUCAUACAAUAGCAGCAAUCUCUUAGCUAGGCCACACACUGCUCCAGUCAAUCAGUAUUCUGAAUUUUCAAUUGCACAUCACCCACCCACAUCAUCUCAUUAUGCUCCAUCACAGGGCACUCCUCAAGGUCUCUCAAACUAUCAGCAAGGGGCUUAUCAACCACUCCAUUAUCCUGUUCCCAAUACUUACCAGUCACAAAACAAUUUUCAGUCUCAUCCAACUUUGCAUUCUCAAAACACUUUUCAGCCACAAUCAUAUCCACAGAACACAAGCUACCAGACCGACACUGGUUUACAGAAUGUGGCUGGUUUCCAGGCCCCUAAUCAGUACAGUACCCAUACCACCUAUCCAAAUCAAGCUCCUUUUCAGUCUGCUCAGUAUCAGCAACAGGCAAACAUCCCGACACAACAGAAGCCAAGGCAGACAUCAUUAGCUGAUCUUGAGCAGAAGAUACCCACCAAUUAUGAAGUAAUUAGUAAUACAAAUGUAAAUAUUUCUGCAACUACGUCUGAGAAAGUUUAUACAACUACAGCAGUGAGUAACAACUAUGAACAGUACAAGAACACAGAGUUGAGAGUUGCUGACAGUGGAAGUACAAUGGAAAGUCCUUCAACUAACUAUUCAGCAGAUUCCCUGUAUGCAAACCUAGAACACAAUAUUUCUCGCAAUUAUGUUAUGAUUGAUGAUAUUAGUGAAUUGACCAAAGAGAAUACCUCAGCAACAGAAAGUCAGAAAGUAGAACCAUCUCCUCAGCCUAGUAAUACAAGACACGGAAAAGAAAAGAAUGACUUUUUGGAGGCAAGCAAUUCUAAUAGAACCCAUGGAUAUAAUAAAGCUGGUGAUGAUUCAGAGGAAGAUGUGUAUGAUCUCCAAGCAUCAGACCAUCGAGGAAAGAAUGGUUACCAAAGGAGUUCAGAUAGCCAUGGCAGAAUAUCAAAUAGCUCAAGUGGAUCCUCUUGUUAUUAUGCAGAUAGCAGUCACAAGCAUUCCACCCGAUCAGACAAGCACAACUCUUAUGGGUCUCAAAAGCAUUCUUCAAAGCAACAGGCUCCCGCUGUGGUAUCCACCAAACGCAGCAAACACAGAAAACAAAAUAUAGAACAGAAGAUCUCCAAGUUUUCACCAAUAGAGGAAGCUAAAGAUGUAGAAUCUGACUUUGCUUCAUAUCCUGCAACAACUUCAGCAGUAGGACACAAUGUGGUCUUGAAAGCACAGAAGCUUCAGGAUGAAAUAACGUAUGGUCUCAAGAAGAACAUUUAUGAACAUCAAAGAUAUUCUGGUCAUGGAAGCAGAGAAUCGUUGCAAGAUUCAGAGAGAGGUUACAGCAAUGGCAGCAGGUCAAGAUCUUCCUCAAUGUAUGGUAUUGAAAAAUCUGGCAAAGAAGCUCCAAGUCCUAGAAGUAAAUCUUUUGAAAGAGAUACAGUGGAGCGUUCUCAAAAGGCAGGAAUGGGCCAUAGUCGCGGGCGUGGUCCUAUAAGGGCCCAAGCAUCCCAAGAGGAGUGUCCUUUGAGUCCUGUGGGAAGGUCCUCUAGAGAACCACUCCCACCAAAUGUUGUAGAUGGCCGAUCUCAGUUUGGCUCUAGCCACUCCUUGCCUGAUGUGCAGGAUGGAAAAGAGACAUCACGUAGCCAUACUUACAGAGAGGAUGACGGUUACAUCAUGGAUGAUAUGCACUGUGCUGUGUCUGACAGUGAAGCCUAUCACUUGGGCCAAGAGGAGACAGACUGGUUUGAAAAGCCAAGGGAGCGUUCCAGACAUUACAGUGGGCAGUCUUCGUCACAGAGACGCAGUUACCGAAGCCACCCGCGCCAUGACUACGAUGAACCGACGGAUGAUUCGUGGCAUCCAGUAGAUCGUUCACAGCCACGCUACUCCUCAAAAGAGCACCAGAAGCAGUCUUCAUAUCAGUACGGUGAGCCUGCCCGACACUCAUCGCGCCACGUAGCCGAUGAACCUUCACGGAAGUCUUCAAGGCAGCACUCCAAAGAGCAAUUUCGCCAGGAAUCCCGGCAAUAUUCCCAACAGCCUUUACAGAAAAGAAGCCAACAGUCAGAGCAGAGAUCCCAACGAGAUUCCCAUCAAGGGUCUGCAGAAUGGACCCAGCCUCGAUCAGCCUCUGGGCAUCACCUUGAUGCUGAGCCAUCACGAUCACAGAAGCACUCGCAGCAACAGCAACAGUCAACCAGAAAACAGUCGGAAGCACCAUCUCCUCAACAGCAUGCUCGGAUGCAGCACGGCCAGCCUCCGCCAUCGCGGCAAAGUCAUCCGCAGCAACCAGCGCGGCAGCCAGCGCCACAAGCACGGCAACCUCCGCCAGUGCAAGCUCAGGCCCCAUCGCAGGUACAACAACCGGCACCGAUGCCACAACAGGAGCCACAGCAGCCACGCCAGCCUCAACGGGCACGACAGCCGCAGCAGCCACAAGCACGGGCAUCGCAGCAACAAGAGCCACGGCAAGCUCACAAACAGCAGCAGCAGCCAGCGCCGGCGCCAGCGCCAGUACAGCAGCAGCAGCAACGACAGCAACCCCAGCAGCAGCCGCCAUCACAACAGGCACAGCAACAACAGACACUUCAGCAGCCUCAGCCUCAAACACAGGCACAGCAGCCACAAGCAAGGCCGGCCAUGGCAAAGAUGGAUCAAACAACUGCAAAACCUGCAGUAAAAUCAGCAACUGCACCACAACGAGCUGCUAACUUAGCAGGUCAAAAAGCAGGUGAAGAGAAAGAAGGUGAUAUUGGAGCAUUUGUUUCCAAAAUGUUGCCUGGUGGGGCUGCUGAGCAGGCUGGGAAGCUGACCGAAGGCAUUGCUUCUUUUGGCCGUAAAUUAACUUCAUUUUGGUGAUCGCACUGUUGUAAGGGAAGUUAGUGUGGCAUGGAAGAGAGGUGUAUCAUACUGGAAAAACCUAUGAAGAAUCAGAAUACAUUCAACAAGAAACAUAAGAGCAUGGGACUCUGUGUAUACUGUAAAGAGAAAGAGGCAAAAUUGAGACCUGAAUGGCAACAGGAUACUAAAUGUGCACAUCGAAUGGAACGACUGUUUCUUUCAAGCCUGGCAGGAGCAGGACUGCAGAACAUCUUCAGUAUUGAAGGCCAGACAGCAACAGGAAGCCAUGAGUCUGAGUGAGGGCAGAGAAUGAAUAAUCUCACUGUCCUUACACAGCACCACAGGAAAAAUUACUCCAGCAUCUGACAGCUUUGCCAAGGAUUUUCUGGUUGUACCAUAAUGGAAAAUGUAAGACAAAGCUCGUCAGUGUCUGUCUAUGCAAUGUGAAGAGGAAAAUGCAUCCAAGAGCAACAUCAUAACUUGCUGAGACUUUAAACAAAAGGUUGGCUGUGCCUUAAGUAUUUUGCAGGUUGGCUGAAGAAGCAUUUUAGGGAAUCUGAUGUCUUUGGUACUCAGGAUAAUUUUACAAGUGGGCACAAGAAGAAAACUUGGAAGCCAACAUUUGUCCAAGUUCAAAUCUGCUUGUUUGGUGGAAUUUUGAAAGUGAACCCUCUAGGCCAUUGAGAACUUCCAGCUAUUAGCUAUCACUUGACAAUUUUCAAUGAUGGUUUGGAGUUGCCUUCUGCCUAAUGACAAAUAUUUGGAAUUAUUUUACAUCCAAACGAUGUUUGCAGAAUUUGGGAUUCCUUGUGCCUGGGUUUGCUCAAUGCCUUCUUUUCUUGGACCCUGAAGGGAAAGACUGGAGCAUGCACAGAGUCCAGUUUCUCUCACUCAAGCUUUUGAUCUUCAUAGGUUUUACUGUAUUCAUAGACUAGAAUUCCUUGAGGUGAAAUUACUACCUUUCUUAGGGCUGGGAGCAAAAGCUCCAUUUUCCCCAAACAUUCCACUAUCUUUUGUUCACUUUCCAGCUAAUUCUAUGAGAUGGGCAGGUGCAGCGCUGUGCAGUAUUCUGUGGACGCCCGAGGCAUUCUAGAGGAGAAUGUCAGUACUCAGCCCCUUACGCAGGACCUAGCACUGUUCGAUGGUUGUGAAACAUACACACUGGUCACAAGAACUGAAAGUGUUAAAACUGAUGACAUCUGGAUUGACAUUGUGGAAAGACGUGUCAUGCAGUUAUCACAAGCUAUUUCAUUACUUUAUUGUGGGUGUAUUCCACGUAAUUUUUUUUCCAUUAAUGUGCUUGCCUGUGUUUUUAUGUAUGCUACUUUGAAAUCGCCUUAAUUGUUUCCAAUUUUCUAUUGUAUACCUCAAAAGAAUUUUUUUUUCUCUUCUGUACGCAACCUGCAUUUUUCCCUCAUCGCUACACAGUACUGGAUUUGUAUUGGGUAGAAAAGAAGAGGUGGUACUAUUAGAAGCAAUAGGUCAGUGGUAGGCUGACGAGAGCACAAGUGUGAAGGAGGAAGCAUGCCUCUGCCCUGCAUUUAUGGUAAUGUGCAAUUCAUUUGGGCUUCCAUUCAUCAGAAUAUGAUGAAGGAAAACAAUUACCAAUUCAGAUUUUCUAUGCAAUGAUGAGAAAACUGUGUUAAUAUUUAAUACUGAAUUUAAUGUUAUAUAUGGCAUAAAUUAAAAAUAUGAUAUUGAUAUUGAGAAGCAAUGUUUGUUACUGUAACUCAUUGAUUGGCAUAACCUGUCAAGUGGGGUGGUGUUGAACAAUUGACAGGAUCAGUUGCCAAAGGCAUAGCCACAUUAAAGCAGUGGGUUAGUAGUGUGCAUGUCUUUGUCUGCAGAGCAUGACUUGCUGAUUCAGUGCUUGCCUUCCAUUUGGUAUUGCAGUUGUUAGAGUUGCCCAUAUUAAAUUUAUUGUAUGCACUUGCAAGCCACAACCAAGGAAAUUCUGUUCUAGGAGAGACCAAACUGGACACCCAUGGGAUUUCCCAGUCCUCGAGCACGAUAGUUCUGGUUAAAAUAGAACACCUGGUUCCUAAUCUGUCAGCUUAUCGAGUUUAUUGUUCCUGGAAUGACAAUUCCCAAUUCAGAAGUUCGUAUGCAUCUUUCCAUUAUACUUUUCUAAAGGCACAUGUUCAGCAUAGAUAGUUUGAUCAGAAAGUGCUACAGUAGGGUUUGUAUGCCCUCAGGACCGUAGGUUAGAGAAUAUUGAUUAUUUUCUUCCCACUGAGCUCUUGAGGGUCGAACAUGCUGUAGCUUUUAUGCUCAAGAUCUUGAAUCCAUAUUUUAAGGAUUUUAUUUUGUUGCAUAAGCCCUUGCAAUAACUCUACUUUCUUUUCCUCUUUAUAAUACUAUCCUUGUUACCAUGAUAAUCAAUCCUGAAAAAAGUAGGAUUAUAAAUGUUAUCUUUGUUACUUAUUUAAAGAUACAGCACAGAACAGGCCUUUCCUGUCCAACAAGCCACACCACCCAGCAACCCACCUAUUUAAUACACUAGCCUAAUCAGAGGACAAUUUGCAAUGAUUAAUUAAUCUACUAACCGGUACGUCUUUGAACUGUGGGAGGAAACCGGAACACCCAGAGGAAAUCCACACUGUCAUGGACAGAACAUACAAACUCCUAACAGAUGGCACCGGCACCGGAAUUGAACUCUGAACUCUGACACCUCGAGCUGCAAUAGCAUCACAAAAACCGCUACGCUAAUGCUUCCAAACCACCCAAUACCAUAGCAGCUGGAAUUUCCAUUUUCUUUUAUCCUCUAAGGUUCAGACGUCUCUGCCACCAGCUACUUCAUAAUCAGAAUCAGAAUCAGGUUUAGAAUUAUUGGAAUAUGUCAUGAAAUGUGUUGUUUUAUGGCAGCAGUGCAUUGCAAUACAUAAUAAAAAAAAUUAUUUACAAUAAGAAAUAUAUUUUUAAAAAAUAAAUAUGUAGUGCAAAAAGAGAGCAAAAAAAAUGGAGGGAGUAUACAUGAAUUCAUUGUCCAUUCAGAAAUCUGAUGGUGGAGGGGAAAAAACUUCAUCUCAUUUGGUAUAUGCCUUAGACUAUUGGACAAUUAUACCACAUCACUCGCUGACACUUACGCAGGUAUUUUGAUCUGGGUUGGGAUGUUAUUCAUGUUGACUCAGUUGACUCCAUGGCUUAACAAUUCAUCUUUGGAACCAUUGUUAUCCAUUUUUUUCAGAGACUCUUGGAGGUGCCAUUCUUUCUAGGCUGGCUCAUUUCACUCCUUCUUUCCUUCAUGUAAAAUUUUAAGUCCUACUACAACAGUAUCAACUGUUUCCAUAUUCUGUGUCAUUAACAUGUAUAUAUGUUAGUAUGUGCAAAUGUAUGUAUCUGCAUGAAUAAUCAACUCUGGAAAAAUAAUUGAUGUCAACCUACAUUAUUACUCUUGUCUAACCAUAUAUUCAGUGAGAAUCUGAGGAUAAAAAUGUAAUUGGGUGGCAUUAUUGUUGUGAGAGACGCCGUAGCAUUCCGGUAUCAGGCAAAUACUUUCUUCAGUUUAUUUGGCAGCAUACACACAGAUUUCAAACAAAAGAAAAUGCCAUGAUUCUGUAAAAAUUAUCAAAUUUUUCUUCAGAGUAUCCAGCAUAAAAAAAUGUACAUAAAAUUAUUAUAUAAAAGAAGUGUAUAUUUUGAAAGCUAUAAAAGAUUUACUACUGAGGAAAUAGUGCAUUUAGAUUUUAGGUGAUUUCCGGGGUUGUGCAAUCAAAGAUUACUUCCGCUCAAUGUGAUAUUUGUGAAUGAAGAAAACAGAUGAUGUGUGUAAAAGUCUGCCACUAGUCAUGAGAGUUAGUGUUAUCCUGCAUCCCACCACUAACAUCCAUAAUUACCUCACAGAUAAGGAAGUGUGAAUUUCAUUCAACCUUUCUAAAGAUAUCAGGGCUGAUUUUUUUUUCAUGCCACUGCAUUAAAAAGAAAUACUUAAAUGAAAUUUCAGAGACUAUAUUAUACUUCAGAAAUUCUUGGUGAAUUUAAGGCAGAGGUUAAAAGUUCUUGAUUAGUGGGGGGGGUCAAAGGUUACAAGCAGAAGGCAGGAGAAUGGGGUUGAGAGGGCUAAUAAAUCAGCCAUGACAGAAUGGCCGAAUGGCUGAAUUCUGCUCCUGUGUCUUAUGGUCCUAUAUAUUUAAAUUCUCAAAAUAGGCAUCAUAAGCAACGAUGCUACUACAAUGAAUGCCUUGCAAACAUUCAGUAGAAAUGGACAUUAUAGUCUAACAGUUUAUGCCAAACUGAAUCCAUCUCCUAGAAAUGGACUGUUCCUCAUGUCUUUACCUAUGUAGAGCUCAUUCACAAUGGAACUUGCAUCGUACAUGGGGGAGCGCCACCUCAAGUAACUAGGGAUGGGUAUUGUCCAUGACACCCACAUGCUGUACAUGUAAGUGCACCUGCUGCUACCAUAAGCAAACAUAAGGGAACUAUGCGAAUAACAAAAUAGCUCUUAAGUGGUCCAAGCUAGUGCAACAGCUAUGUAAUUUACUUGGCAGAUCCCUUGGAAUUUACACUAAUAAUCAUCAGUCACAUGGAACGUUACACUCCUGAAAAAUUGAACUACAAAGCAAGAAUUCUGAAAGCAGAAUUACAAUGUAUCUUGUUCAGACAUGUACAUAAAGUGAUACUUCCAAAUAUACAGUGAAGAUGUAAACUGACUGACAUAAAUGUCAAGAGAUUCUUAAUAACAAUUUUACCAAGUACCUAGAUACUUCAAAAGAUUUGCGCAGACUUUGAACAUUCAUUGGGAUCUUAAACAUAACUCUGAGCUUCAUUACAGGACAAAUAUUGAAUUCCUAAGCAGACAAGUUUAAUAUGGAAAAUGAAGACUGGACAAGUUAAGGGAGAUGUAAUGAUGAAAAAGAUGUCCUUUACAGGCAUAAGUAAAACACAGGCCACACUACACUAUUCACAGUUCUUGUCACCAAUAUAUUAUUAUAAACCUCAAUCUUUAUGCAGCCACUUGUUUAUCAGUAAUUAUCUCAUAACUCAUCUGUUGUCUUCAUUUGAACGUACAAUAAACUAUAUUCUCGAGUGGAAGCAUUACACUGGAUUCUCAAUGAAAGUGAAUUUUUAGAGGAGACUAGGAAUGAAUGGUAUUUGGAACCUAUUGGACUCACUAUCUAUAUUUAAGAGACAGCCCCACAUAACAAAUCCUAUUAUACUGGGGAGCAUCUAGAACUCUGGAUUAUAAAAUUAUAAAAAGGGUACCACAAUAGGUCCGGGCAUCGUGAGGUAAGCAGAGAAUAAUUUUGCUGAAUUCUCAUAUCUACUCAUUGGAAAUUUUAAGAGUUUAGAUCACAUUUUUCUCUACUGUGCUCUUAAUCUAAGAAGCUGAUAAACCUGUUUGCAGUUUAAGUCUAUCAAUAAAGAUUAGUUGGAGUGUGAAACGCAGCACCUGCCCAGAGAGUUAUACACUAACGAGGGGUCAAGAUUUGUAGAAAAAACAAGAAAUAGUUUCUGUUUGCGGUAUAACACUUUAAAAAAGCCUCUUUUGAUAUUUUAUACAUGUUUGAAUUGCUUUCUUCAAACUUAAAAUCAGUAUUUGAUGAAAGAAUUCCUGAAGAACUCUCAGUUCACUAAUUUUCCAUUCUGUUCGUAUCUGGUGCUUUACAUUUUGAUCUUUCACCUUUAAAUGAUAGCAUGUAAGUUCUCUCACAGCUCCAGUGCCUGUACCCAUGAGGGCUCCAAGUAUACUCUGAUAGUUGGGAAAGACAGACUAUAGCUCAUUGCUCCCAAAGGAGGAUGAUUUAGUUCCCCAGCUCCACCUUACUCUUUUUGCAUGUCCAAUCCUGCUUUUGGCCCUUUUCUCCCAAUAAGACGAACUUUCAGUUGGUGCAGCCUAUACUUUAUUCAAGAUUAAAUGUUUUAAUGCAGCUGAUUGGCUGCCAAAAAUGAUUUUUUUUUGUUUCUCUUAUGUAAAUAAUUGUACAGUGUAAAUCUCAUUCAGAUUAUUUAAACAGCCACUGGGUAUGGAUCUCACAUACCAGCAAUCCUGCCAAUUCAUGCUUGUUUAUAGAAAAAAAAAUAAAAAGCAAAAAAACAUCGUGUUCGUGGCUGAUUCGUAUAGACUGUUGAAAUAUUGUACUCAGUUGUUACUUGUGUAGAGUUUUUACAUGUUGUGUAUGAAAAUGAGGUGACUUCCUAAAGUAAACCUGACUUCCAUGUAUUUGGAAAGAGUGUAAAACUCACUGUUAUAAGUGCAAUGAAUAAUUCCUGUUUGAACAUUGUAAAUGUAUGUAUGCUGCACUGUAUACUGUGAUGGUUGUAGUAUUGAAUAUAUGAUAUUGUAUAAUGUGAUUGUGUAAAAUGUGUCCAAUCAAAUCAUUUCCAUGGGAAACCAAUAAAAACCUUGAA